UAUACAUUACCCGCCGUUAUAGAGAGAUACAUAAAUGACAGUCUAAAAUGAUACAUUGUUAUGACCACCAUUUUGAUGACAAGAGAGAGUGGGGGAGGGCAUACAGUGGACAUGUUUAGGUGUCACUGGUAACAGGCACAUGGUGGAAGGUGGGCAAGGUCUCCUCUUUACCCUCUCAUCCCUCCUUGUCCUAGUUCAUGAAUUAUAAUCAGAUCUCUAAAGAGAGAAAGAGAAGUUACUGGCAAAAAAGGCUAUAGAAGUGGGUAAGUGUAGAUUAAGAGAUAGAAAUGGCGACAGGGCAUGGGCCAAUAGAGAGGUCAAGGUUCAAUUGGGGAGAGAAGACACCUGAAGACAGUGAUGAUGAUGAUUUCAGCAGUCCUGGUAAUCUUGUUAUUGACAGCUCUUAUGAUGAAAGCAAAGCCUCCACACCUACUACUCCAAAGACUACUUCUUACUCAUUAAAGAAAGAGUUUUAUUUGUGUGAAGAGGAUUUCAAAGGAUUGACAUUCGUGGGAAAGAUGGAUGCAAAAAUUCCACCAGAGACAAUAUGUUUAUAUUCCUACCACUGGGGCUCCACUCACGUUGAUCUCAUCACUCGUAUCAAUGGAGACACUCUGGUACCAAUGACCAACGUCUACAACCGCGUGGUCCCUGGCCUCACUCGUAAUGCCGUCUCUAACAGGAUACCUAAAAUAGGAGCUAAAAGUAUUGCCCUACCCGAGAGCCAUAUUAAUGUCCUCAAGAAGCUCCAACUACCUAUCACUGCUCGCUCUCACUACUUAACAAUCGUUGAUUUCAUCAGGCUCUGUACGUACUAUAAGCAGAAACCUCCAAGGAAUUUAUCCGAUUUUGCUCAAAUCAAUUCUAAGUCUAAUCCUGCCGAUAUCCUGAAAACUUAUAAUUCUCAAGUCGUCCCUUCGCAGCCUGCCCUUGCCUCUGUUAAUUCUCAUCUCUCAACCCCUCCCGCCCACUCUUCUAAUUACUUCUCAAAGGAUAAGGGGCUCACGACUCCUCCUGUCCUCUCCCCUGGUCAGAUUAAUGCUAGUCUUGCCAUGAGUAUGAUUGGUAAUGAGAGAUACUCUGAAGACAGUCCUCGUAAUGGAGAUGAUAAUGAUACUGAUAAUGAUAAGACUGGUGAAGUGAAAUAUCUUCAAUUUCCUAAUGGGGUAACAUUAUCACUGGUAUAUCAGCAAGGAAUCUAUUACAUAUUAAACACAGAAAUACAAUCAAUACUACCUCAGGCAAAUCAGAACAUUGUAGCUCCAUUAAGAUCAUUAUUGAACAUACCACUGGAAUACGCCUCAAAGGCUGCUUUAAAUCAUUUAAAAUCAGAGGGUAUAGUUGGUAUUAAAGCAUGUCGUGUCAUCAUAUACAAAACUGUUGAUGUCAUUAAGAUGUACUCUCACUGGAACCUCUCAGUACCACAGUACCUCACUGACCUCAGCAAUGGAAUAUAUCCUCCCCGUGUUGUUCCGGAUGAUCCCUCUAUCAAUCAGUGUGACUCAUACUCAUCUCUUCCUGGAGAGUCUCUAUCCUCCACUCCUCCAGUACCCAGCAAUGACAUGAUGUCACCCUCAGGAACUAAACUGUACCUUGGGACUAAUAAGAAGAAGGAGAGGAAGACCUCACACUCUGGACUCUCACCACUCAGUGAUCAAGAUUUGGAUUAUAAUUAUCUUCCUUGGGGUGAUGGGAGGAGCAUCACUCUCCUGACCCCGCCCUCUGGGGAACCUUAUGUAGCCAUUGCUGAACUGGUUGCUAAAAUAUUUAGUCAAAGGAGUCAGGUCAGUUUACAAAAGAGGACAAGACUAGGUGUACCAACAGUACCAGCCACUUCAUUACAGAUUCAUGCACUGAGGGCUAGGGGAUCCAUUGACCCUUCAUCUGGUUAUUCCAAGUUAAUCCCAUUGAGUGGAGUCAUCAAAUUAGCUAAAGAAGCAGCCAUAUUUAUACCACCAGCUGUAGUAGGAGAAUGUCACAAAUAUGUUGCUGAAGAAGAGAUACAGAGAUACCUCAUUAACUCACCAGUGAAGACACCUCCUCAGUCCUCCCCUCAUAGAAGAGGAGGAGGAGGGAGUGUUAUAGGGUCUCCAUUAAAGACACCUCUGUCAGUUAGACCUGAUGUUGCCUCUCAUCCUGAUGUAACACUAGCAGGAGCCAUGCUUAAUACUGAUGAAGGUGUGUUAUUUCAGGUCAAAUGGGGCGAGCACAAAAUUGCCGUAUUCACGAGUGCAAGGAACAUCAACUACAUCGGUCUCUAUCAAAUAUACGAAGUCCUUUUCAAGCAUCUCGUGACUCGAAUGAACUUCAAAAUGAGAAUGAGAAAACUCGGAGUAAAGAGCAUCCGAGCACCUUCAUUCAUAAGACAGGGCCUAAUAAGACUGGGUGCCCUACCCAGUUCAUCCCCUGUCUGUGGGUUGCUGCGUAUAUCAGAAAUGGAGAGACUUGUUUCUUCGUAUGAUGUUAAAAUACCUCAGGUAUUUUAUGAUCUCUUUAUUAACAAUGCACUAUCAGUCGAACCAUUGGAGCCAGACGUGUUUAGAGAUUUCACUAACACCGAAGAGAAAUUUGUCGUGUCUUAUCCAAGAGACCGUAUUGAUACAAGUAUAUCAGAUCUUGUGACAGAAUCCGAGUCCCUUCCUCCUCCUUCUACUCCCCCCACUUCUUCUAAUAAUCGUCUCUCGUACAAAAACACCUCCACACUCCAGAGUUUAGCAAAAAAGAUAAGUAUGAAGAAUCAUCGUUUGGCUGCUGCCGCUUCAGCUACAACUUCUCCCACUUCAAUCUUUGCUCCUGUGUCCCACGGGAAGCGUAAAUGCUAUUCCUGUGGUCGGAGUUAUGCUUCUUCUAAGAAGAGGUGCGAAGAUUGCGGUAUAUUUCUCGUCGGUUAUCCCUGCCCUGUUUGUGGGUCCAUUAAUUAUACUUUAUGUUCUAAGUGCACUCAGUGUGGUGCUGCUCUUGAUAGAACUAAACUCUCGUCCUCGACUCCAACUGCCAGCCUGUCACCAGUGGUACAGAAGCAAACCAUAGGUUUAAAAGUACCAAGACUUGAUGUACCGAGAUUUGAAGUACCAAGACUUGAUGCUCAUCCCAAUGUAGCUGAUGAAAAGUCGGACUCACAAUCCGAUUCGUCUGGUGAUUCUGAUGAUCACCCAAAGUUACCUGCUGGUAGCUUCUCAGCUCCUCCAAUAAGAACUGCUGCACUGAAGAGCAUGUUCCCCUCCAAAUCAACUGAGUCUAGCAGUUCGUUAGUAACAAAGACACUGUACAGUGGGAAUAUAUCAUCAUCAAGGAACUGUAUGGAGUGUGGGGGGAUCAAUCCGAGAAAAGCAAAGAAGUGUCAACAAUGUAAAGCACCAAUACAGGGUAGACCCUGUCCUCAGUGUAACAGACCCAAUCACAGUCACAGUACAGAGUGCUUUAAAUGUGGGACUGCUCUUCCACCAACUGCAACUAAAUGGGUAGUAGGAGGAAGAAUAUUCAGAACUUCUAAUGAGAGUGGUAGACUAGGAAUGACAACUAAACAGUUCAAAAAAGCAGCUAGCGAUAGAGCACCUAUAACUUGUAUAAGGUGUCAUCGUGUGAGGCAGUAUAGUCGAUUCAAGUGUGGGCGGUGUGGUGACCUAUACAGUGCUACUCCACUAUAUUCAUCAACUACUGGUACUACUAAUAAUGGAAAACAUGCAACCACAACUUCUAGUGUGAAGGAUAAGCAGCAGUCAGAUAUUAAUGACCCAGAUAACUUACUAAAGUUUGCACAGAACCUAGUGUUGCUGGGAUUAGGUGAAGAAUUGCUCCCAACACUCUCAGAGAAAGAAGAAGAGUUACGCCAAAUGCUGUAUCCAGCAGAAGAGGAACUAGAAGCUGCUGAGGAAGAGUGUCAGAGCUUUCUCAAUGAUAAAUCUUCAAAAGAGAGUUUAGAGGCAGACCUCAAAGCUCAACUCGAUAUUCUGAUACUAAAGGCUGAAAAGUAUGAUCAAGAGCUGAAGGAUCUCAAAGAAAGAGAGGAAGCUGCAUCACAUACAAUGGAAGUGUGUCCAGACAUGUUGAAGGAACUGGAAGAAAAAUUAAACGCAUAUACCGACCUGUAUGAUAUUUCUCCUGUGUAAAUGCAUGCUAUAAUCAUUAACCAUUAAUUAUGUUACUCCAUGUUAUUAUUAUUAUCAUCAUUAUUUUUCUUUAUAAGGAGUUGCAUAUUAUCAUUGAA